GGGAAACUCUCCAAGAAAUGCUAACAUUUGAGCCAUUUAUCAUCAUCUACCAUCACUAUCUACUGCUAAUUGGUUUCCGGCAAUUUCUCUCAGUCUUACAUUCCUCACAGCUCCAGCAUGAUGAACUCCACUGGUCAACAUCAAAAUGCUUACCCGAAUUUUAGCUUGCGAGGGAGAGUAUAUAUCGUCACUGGGGGCGGCAGGGGGCUAGGAUUAGUGAUGGCAGAGGCAAUAACUGAGGCAGGUGCGGAAGUUCACUGUUUUGAUAUCCUACCAGAACCCGAUGAUGAAUUCGUUCGGACACAGGAGCUCGCCAGCAAGGCACACGUCGGCAAUCUGCACUAUCAUCAUGUAGACGUGAGAGACUCGAAGCAUCUCAACGAUGUUGUGGAGAAGAUCGCAUUGCGCAGUAAUCGCCUAGACGGACUAGUCGCAGCUGCUGGAGUACAGCAAGUGACCGAAGCAAUCGACUACACCGCCGACGAUGUAACGAAGAUGCUGGAUAUAAACUAUACUGGUGUUUUUAUGACCGCUCAAGCCACGGCUCGCCAAAUGAUGAAACUCGGCUGCAAUGGUUCCAUAGUCCUGGUGGCUAGCAUGAGCGGGAUUGUGGCCAACAAAGGCCUUAAUUCACCCGUAUACAACUCCUCAAAAGCCGCAGUAAUCCAACUAGGACGAAACCUGGCCAUGGAGUGGGGUUCCAAAGGUAUUCGAGUGAACUCGCUUUGCCCGGGCCACGUCAUCACGCCGAUGGUAGAAAAGAAUUUUGAAGAAGUACCGGACCUAAAGAAGACUUGGGAAAAAGAGAGCAUGCUUGGGAGAUUAUCCAGGCCAGAGGAAUUCACUGGCGCUGUCAUUUUCAUGUUAAGCGAUGCAAGCUCUUAUAUGACCGGCAGCAGUCUUGUGAUCGAUGGUGGACAUACAGCAUGGUGAUUUCAGUCGUAUAAUGCUAUUAUGAGUUCACGUAUACCUUUGGUAGUACGGAGUUUUUUUCGAUGGCCUGUUGAUGGAGCAUUGCAUCUCAAUCGAAACCUCCUCCUACAUGCACUUAUUAGUUAUGUACUAACUUGGGCUGAAUUUGUUGAACCGAAUUAUUAGUGCAGUUCCUGCAGUAUGCCGUAUAAUUCCAGAUAGGC